UGGGGCAGCCAUGAGGCCCAGAGAAAAAUGAUAAAAACCUUUUGAAAAAAAAAAUAGCAAAAAUCCUAAAAAAAAUACUUUGGAAAAAAAAUUGACUAAUUGGUAAGAUAAGGACAAAGUAAACCAAAAGCCUAGAAAAUGUCGACGCCAGACGGGGCCUGCCCGCUGGAGCGCAAGGUGCUGAUCCAGACCCUCAACACCAUCGUGCAAGUGCUCAGCGAAGACGCCAAGAAAAAGAAGGAGUGCCUGGCCAAGUGCGAGGCGGAGUGCGUGGCGGCCAAGCGGUGCGGCGCGGACACCAGCUUGUCCAGGGUGACGGCGCAGUGCGAGGAGACGGCCGUGGUGCCGUACGCGCCCGCCCCGCUCAAGGCCUGCAAGUCCUCGGAGCUGCGCGCGGGCGCCUUCUACUCCGAGUGCCGCUGCCUGAAGCGCGACGGGCUGCAGCGCGCGUGCAGGCGCACGGGCUGCGGCGAGCACUGCGGCUUCGUGCGCCCCGCCAUCCGCGACCCCGUGCCGCUGGGGUCCGCCGUGCCCGGCUACAGCCUGCGCCCCGUGUGCUGCCCCGGCGCCAAGGAGGCCGCCAGGCUCAAGUACCUGCACGACAAGGCCGAGCUGCUCAAGCGACCGCCCCCGCUGCCCCCGCUGGAGCCGCUGCCCCCGCCGCCCACGCCGCCGUACAACUGGACGGGCACCUUCGAGCACAAGUGCCAGCCGGACCGUCGCUGCCCGCGCAGGCCACCGCCACUCAAGUACCCGUGCGGCGGCGCCAAGUGCAAGCACUGGGAGGUGCCCCAGCCCUGCACGCUGCCCGUCUGCAGGGCGGACUGCUUCGAGCAGCCGCCGGGGUGGCCCACCUUCUGCCGAUGA